GCAUUUGGAAAGUGGCCUUAUGUCUGCGUCCAGAAUCGCCUGAUUCUUCCUCGAGCUCGGCAUCUUCCCGCCACGUAGUCGCUGGACAUAAGACGCCGCCGCGAUGGCUUCCCGGCGUCCAGCCCUCCGCCUUCUUGCGCAAUGCAAGUCGCGCGGUCAAUUGAGGAGUACGCCGGCCGUCAACACCAAUUGGGCCUCCCGGAGGGCCUUGUCGAGCUUCCACAGUCCCGGCGCUCCCGACCAGACCCUCGCGCCGCCGAGGAGGUACUUGGGCUGGAUCGCUUUUACCCUUUUGAUCGCGGCGCCGCUCACGUACAAGAUGGCGAUCGACGAACCCCUACGAAUGGACACCCCGACCCUUGCCGAGCGCGACCAGCAACUUAAAACGCAGCAAGGCGUUUCCGAGGUUUCUCCCAUGCGCCUCCGCAUGGAGAAGUUUGCAAAGGAACAACAAAAAGCUAUCGUGCGGGCUCUGGAAGAGGUGGACGGCACCCCGUUUCGUGUAGACGAGUGGCAGCGCAAGGAGGGCGGCGGCGGCAUCACCUGUGUCCUCCAGGAUGGUAAGAUUUUUGAAAAGGCCGGCGUCGGAAUUAGUGUCGUGUAUGGCACUCUACCGAAGCCAGCCAUUCUCAAAAUGCGCGCCAACCACAAAAACAUCGCCGACGAGAACAACAUCCCCGAGAGCCUCGAGUUUUUCGCCGCAGGGCUCAGCUUGAUUGUGCACCCCAAGAACCCCAUGGCGCCGACAGUGCACCUCAACUACAGAUACUUUGAGACAGCCAAUCCAGACGGGUCGUCGGGCGCGUGGUGGUUCGGAGGCGGCUGCGACCUGACACCGAGCUACCUCUUUGACGAGGACGCGGUGCAGUUCCAUAAGUCACUAAAGGAUGUGUGCGACAAGCACGACAAGGGUUACUACCCCAAGUUCAAGAAAUGGUGCGACGAGUAUUUCUACAACAAGCAUCGCGGCGAGUCGCGGGGCAUCGGCGGGAUCUUUUUUGACGAUCUCGACGAGUCGGUCUCAGACCGGGAGAACCUGUUCGCCUUCGUCCAGGACUCGCUCAAAUCAUUUGUGCCGACCUACAUCCCUAUCGUGAACAAGCGUAAGGAUAUGGCGUUCACCGAGCAAGAGAAGGAGUGGCAGCAGAUUCGCAGGGGCAAGUACGUCGAGUUCAACCUGGUGCACGACCGAGGGACUGCGUUUGGGUUGAAUACCCCGGGUGCGCGAGUAGAAAGCAUUUUGAUGAGCUUGCCCCUGACUGCGAGCUGGAAGUACAUGUACGAGCCGGAGCCGAAGAGCAGGGAGGCGCGGUUGGUUGAGGUGUUGCAAAACCCCAAGGAAUGGGUAUAGAUUAUGGAAGAGCAAGGCGUUGUAUUGGUAACUUGAAAAUGUAGUCUACCCAUGAUAGAAGUGUAUUCCAGCCUGUUCUCACACCAGC